UGUUUCGCAACGUUCGGGGCGGAUCGUUCUCUCGCACGUCCGCGCUCCGCUAAUGAAGGUACUCCUCGAGAUCGCAUGACGUAACGAAGUCUCGUCGUCUGGCGCAGUGUUUCUUAGUGGCCAUUUUGUUCCCAACCGCACGGCUGAUUAAGCUUGUUAAGCAGUGUCCUAUAUCGUCGCAAUCAUGACGAAGCAUCCUGAAGCGAACAUCACUGCGGAAACAUGGCGAACCGCACCGUACGAUCCUAGGUUCCCUAAUCAGAAUCAAAGCAGAUACUGUUACCAGAGCUACGUAGACUUUCACCGAUGCAAGAAGAAGCACAACGAGAAUUACGAAGCUUGUCAGUACUUCAAAAGGUGCUACGCCUCGAUGUGCCCGAACGCCUGGGUGGAGAAGUGGAACACGCAGGUCGACGAGGGCAGGUUCGCCGGUCGCAUCUAAAAUAUUCAGCGGUCGAUAUACCACAUCUGCUUUUCAUCUUAGUAAAUUUUUGAAACAACCUAACAGGAUUCUAGGAUCGUGUCAUUUCCUGUUUGUAAAAUAAGUCAAUAAUCUAAAUAAAUCUAAUGACACUUCAA